CGGGCCCCGCGCGCUACGUUGAUUAAAUUGUGGCAGCUGAGUUGACACGUCCUGCCCUCCCCGUUUUACCCUCCCCCUUUGUGUUCUCUCCGAUUUAACCGAGCCGGCUGUCCGACAUGGAGAGGCCGACGACGGCGACGACGGUGGAGCCUCGGCAGCGGAUUCUCAAGGCGUGCGCAUCGUGCUCGGCACGCAAGACCAAGUGCGAUGGCCGCGAGGGCGGCUGCUCGUCGUGCGCCAAGCUCGGCCUCGAGUGCGUGUACGUGUCGUCGGGCAAGAAGCGGGGCCCGCCAAAGGGCUCGCCCGCGCGGGGAGGUCCGCCGCGCAAGAACAAGGCUCCGACACUGGCCCCGUCGUCGUCUUCGGCCUCGGUCUCGUCGCUGUUUGACCAGCUCGAUGCCAAGCCGUGGGCGUCCGUCGGCGGAGGUGCGACCACAUCCACGUCGCCGCCGUCGUCCAGCUCGACGUCGUACAGCUUGCAGCAGCAGCAGCAGCAGCAGCAGCAGCAGCCACAUCCGCAGUCGCAACCGCAUCUACAGUCGCAUUCGCAAUCGCAGCCGCUUCUUCAGCCACAGCAACAACAACUACAGUCACAGCUGUCUUUACCCGCCGGCGCCAUCGAGGCCCUGCUGCUCGUCUAUGAGACAUUCAUCCACCCGCACUGGCCCGUCGUCUACCUGCCUGCGCUCGGCUCGCUGCGGAUCCUCGAGCAGCGGAGCCCGCUGCUGUUCGACGCCAUCCUCACCAUCUCGGCCGCCAACUCGUCGGACCCGAGCAUGAUGCGGCUCAGCGACGGCAUGGUCGAGGCCGUGCGCCGGCGCAUCCUCGACUGCCUCACCGACGCCGCCACGCUGAAUCGCAUCGAGGUGAUCCAGUCGAUGAUCCUCAUCUCCCUCGUCGACCUCGGCAGCGGCCGCUCGUCGAUGGCCUACCAGUUUGGCGGCAUGGCCUGCCGCAUGGCCCUGGACAUGAACCUGCACGUGCAGACGGCCCCGCCCAAGGACAAGUCCCGGCGCCGGCGUGGCCUCGAUGAGCGUAGUGCGCCUGGCCGCGGCAGCAGCAGCAGCAGCAGCAGUCUUCGUGACGGUGGCAGCAGCAGCAGCAGCAGCAAUCAUCAGACGACGAGCAGCAGCCAGGAGGCGCGGCGGACCAUGUGGGCCUGCUACGUCCUCGACAAGGUCCUCGCCGCCGUGCUGCAGCGGCCGCCGGCGAUGCGCCAGCAGGACAUCGACGUCGACAAGCCGUCGACGAUGGAGCGCGACGAGGUGGACCUGCCCUGGCGCGCCGAGGGACUCGCACGGGUCCGCUUCCUGCACCCGCAGGCGUAUGGCGCCAUGGAGCACCUGCGCUCCCACGCCCUCUCGAGCUUCUCGGCCUGGUGCGACGUCAUGGCCAUCCUCGAGCGCAUCCUCGACGACGUCUACCGGCCCCGCAGCCGGCGGCGUCGCCAUGAUCAUCAUCAUCAUCAUCAUCAUCGUCAUCAGCAUCAGAGCUUCCAUGGUCAUGACCAGCACCAGCAUCCCCUCGGCCACGACGAGCCGCCGCGCGACGACGAGGCAGCCGUCGCAAGGCUCGACGACGAGCUCCGCCGCUGGCGCCGUGGCCUGCCCGACCACCUGCAGUGGGGCGACGACGGCGCGGCCGAGGAGCACGUCGACGUCGGCCUCCAGGUGCUGACGCUGCGUGGAUGGUACUAUACAUGCGUGCUGCUCCUCCACCGCCCGCGCCUGCCGCUCAGCCUCGACGAGUCCUGCUCCGACCUCGAGGCCAUCGAUGCGCUCCAGCAGCUCCGCGGCGCCACGCGCAGCAGCGGCAGUAGCGGGGGCAGCAACCACCUUCAGCGAGAUCCCGCGUCGUCGCACCGCAUGGCGAGCCCCGUCACGGGCGCCACCGAGGCUGCCACGUCCAUCUGCGUCAUCAUGGAGGCCUACGAGGCCACGUUCAAGGUGCUCAAGUUCCCCGCCUCGUGGGUCUAUCUCAUCUUCCAGGCCGCCACCGUGCACGCGGGCCUGGCUGCUGCGGGCAACGCCGCGUCGCAGGAGGCCCGCCGCCGGCUGCAGCAGUGCAUCGCCUGGCUCGAGCAGAUCUCCCAGACGUGGCGCAGCGCCAGCCACCACGUCGAGACGCUCAACCGGCUCCUCGCCGUCGGCGCCCGCACGCGCACACGGCCGCCCUCGCCCGACGUCGCUGCGCCCACCUACGUCGGCGUCAUUGACCCGCUGUUGGCCACUGCGGCCACCGCCAACGCUGCCAACACCCCCACCCCGCCCACGGGGGCCGCGGGGGCCGCCGGCGCCGCCGACGAUGGCGCCGCCUCGUGGAACCUCUUUUGGAGCUCGAUGCCGACGACGAGCGAGGAUGCCAGUCUCUGGCAGGGCUUUUCCGAUCUCUUUCCCCAGCAACAGCAGCAGCCGCAGCAGCAACCGCCGCCGCCGCCUCAACCACAGAGGCAGCAGCCGCCGUUGCAAAUUGUAUCCUAGUUUCCCUCUAUCCAUCCAGUCAC